AUGCUAGAAGACGACAUAUACCGAACCUCCACACAAUUCCGCCUAUGGUCAUUUACAGAAGACUCUCUCCGGUCGAUUCGAGCUAAUACAAACGCCGUUGCAAGCGAGCGUGUUCGUGCCGCUGUCCGCCGGGCCAGAGAAGCCCGACAACAAGCCUCUUCAGCUCCAACACCAGACCAAGGCACGCCGAAUCCAACCCCAAGCGAUGGCGAAAGAGCCGUUACGCCAGCUCGAACGGGAGCAGCAAACGAGCAGGAGAUAGAUUGUCUUACACCGGACGAGGAGUUUGAGCUGGUACAAUACUUUUGCGAGAAGACCAUGGAGCUGGGAGACGAGUAUAAACCACCUCUACCCACAACAGUGAGGGCGACUGCAAUCCAAUACCUUCGGCGAUUCUACCUUACAAACUCCCCAAUGACUUAUCACCCGAAAUCAAUCAUGCCGUGUGCGCUCUUCCUGGCUACCAAGACAGAUAACUUCUACAUGUCCCUCCGGUCUUUUACCGAACACAUACCCAAUUCGACGAUGGAAGGUAUAAUUGCUCCUGAGUUCCUACUCACACAGGGUCUACGAUUCACUUUUGACGUACGCCAUCCGUUUCGUGGGUUGGAGGGCGGGAUGAUGGAGCUGAACGCAAUUGCAAAGGGAGAAGCUACACCAGGACCACAUCUUCCAGGCCUUACUGCAGCUGGACUUCAGAAAUCUAUCCAAUCACUUCCACCUCCCCCUACUUCGAUAGCAGGGCCAGUGCCUGCCUCGCCGCUGUCAACCCGUUUGGCAAAAGUACACCAUAAUACCAGAGAAAUCCUCAAACACUCCGCGCAAAUGACAGAUGCAUAUUUCCUCUAUACCCCUUCCCAGAUCUGGGUAUCUGCCUUGUUCAUCGCCGAUAGACCCCUAGCCGAAUUUUAUCUAGAAACAAAGCUCGGCCCAGCUACAUCCUCUUCUUCCCCAACGUCGCCGUCAGCCAUGCUCUCCAACAUACACGCCAAACUGAUCCCUGUCAUACAAUCCUGCAGCGAUUUACUUACCUCUUACAUUCAAAAUAAUGGAACAUCAAGUACUGUUCCCGGCUCUGCGCGGAUGAAGAGGCUAAAGCUGAUAGGCAAAAAGCUGUUCCACUGCCAGAACCCAGAAAGGGAAGAUCUGAUUGCUUUAAACAGGUUGCAAAAGGCGGGCGGCUCCGCCGUCCCGACCGGAACUAAUACGCCCUCGGAACCCAUUGCUGCACCAGUUUUAUCUAAUGCAGCUGUUGGGAAUGAGGAGCAGGGCGUGGAAAAUGAUAUAGACCGCGCUGCUAAGAAGCGUAAAUUGGAGGGUGAGAGGCUUGGAGGACGGAUGAACUCUCCCUUUGGAGGGGACCUGAAGAAGGGAUAA